AGUCUUGAGUUUCAGGUCGGGUCUCGAGUUCAAAUUUGAAUCGAGGUCGAGCUUUAGUCUCCGAUUAGCGUUGGGGUUCAGGUCUCAAGACGACAAUUGAGGUCGGGUCUUGAAUCUCGAUUUAGGAUCAAGGUAAGAUUUUGAGUCUCAAAUCGAUAAUUAAGCUCGAGUCUUAGAUCGAGGGAAGGGUCCCGAGCCUCAGGUCCCAAGUCAAGUUUUGAGUAUGAAUUGAGGACAAGUUCAGUCUUGAAUCUCGAUUCAAGAUCGAGUUGGGAUUCGAGUCUCCAGUCGAGGGCGGGGCUGGGUUUUAGUCUUUAGUGAGGGUCAAGUCUUGAGUGGGUGGGUGGAGGGUUGGAGUCGGGUCGGCUUUCAAAAGAUAAUGUAUGGCCUUUGUUUAAAUAAAAUUGAACGUAGGGCCCUUGUCCAACUUUAUCACUUUAAUAAAAUAAAGCAGUUGUCUUAUUCUUGUACUUUUUCCUUUAUGCUUCUCAACAAAAAUUCAAACUCGCAUCAUCCAAAUUUUCUCCUUUACUUCUUACUCUUGUUUUAUUUAUUCCUUUCACAUUCCUUCACGUACACUUCUACAAAGAAAGCAGAGAUUUUUCUAGAAUGUUCUCGAAGUAAAAUUGCGAAAACAGCUGGAAGUUUUCGUUUUCUACAUGGAGUCAAAUUCACAGUCCAGGUUUCCGUUAGGCAGACAAUCAUCAUUGGCGCCGGAGAAACACAUCGUUUCCGAUUCAUUUACAGCUAGCCAUGAAGUCGACGGAGGUAUUGAUUCCGGUUUGAGGUUAAUGUACAUGACUAACGACGGUGAUUUGGAAGGUAUGAAGGAACUUUUGGACUCCGGGACGAGUGUGAAGUACACGGAUAUCGAUGGAAGGACUGCAUUGCAUAUUGCUGCUUGCCAAGGCAAUGCUGAUGUUGUUGAUUUUCUGCUCAAAAAUGGCGCUCAGGUGGAUGCCAUGGAUCGCUGGGGCAGCACGAUGGGGUGUAUUGGAGCAAGGAAAAGUAUGGAUUGAUUCCAAUGAUCUUGUUAAACUUCUUUUGGAUAGAUGGAGCUCGUUUGGUGAGCUUUCAAGAAGUGUUUCCAAGCCAAAUAAAUCACAAGCCAAGCCUCUUGCAGAUGCAAUAUAUUACAAGAAUACGGAUGUAGUCAAGCUUUUAGAAUUGCACGGAGCAAAACCUGCGAUGGCUCCCAUGCACGUAGAAAAUGCUCAUGAAAUUCCAGAGUAUGAAAUUGAUCCAAGAGAACUUGAUUUUAGUAAGAGUGUCAACAUAACAAAGGGUACGUUUUGUGUUGCUCUAUGGCGUGGAACUAAGGUUGCUGUUAAGAAACUUGGUGAAGAAUUGUUCACCGACGAUGAUAAAGUGUGGGUUGGUCAUAGGCUAUCAAUGAUGUUUGAAUUAGAACUUUCCUCAUUUGACAUUUCAUUUCCAUUACUAAGCACUCUUUUCUUUGUUUUCUUACUGGUUUUCAGCAAGGCAUUUAGGGAUGAGCUUGCCUUACUACAGAAAAUACGCCACCCAAAUGUAGUCCAAUUUCUUGGCGCUGUGACACAGAGUAGCCCGAUGAUGAUCAUUACAGAGUAUCUUCCUAAGGGAGAUCUUCGUGCAUUCCUGAAACAAAAAGGUGCAUUAAAGCCAAUAAUGGCUCUGAAGCUUGCACUGGAUAUUGCAAGAGGAAUGAACUACUUGCAUGAGCAUAAACCUGAAGCAAUAAUUCAUCGAGACCUGGAGCCCGAAAACAUAUUACGGGAUGAUUCUGGACAUCUGAAAGUUGCAGAUUUUGGACUUAGUAAGUUGAUGAAAUUUACCAAAACUGUCAAGGAAGAUGGACCAUUUAUGCGUCAAGAGGAUUCAUGGAGAUAUGUUGCUCCAGAAGUUCUUAAGCAUGAGGAGUAUGAUACCAAGGUGGAUGUUUUCUCAUUUGCUUUGAUAUUGGAGGAGAUGAUUGAAGGCUGCCCACCAUUUUCCACGAAGCAGGAAAUUGAAGUGGCCAAAGCAUACGUUGCAAAUGAACGCCCUCCCUUUGAAGCUUCACAAAAGCUUUAUGCUCAUGGACUUCGAGAGUUAAUUGAGGAUUGCUGGGAGGAGCAACCAUCAAGAAGACCAACUUUUCAACAAAUAAUUAUCAGGUUGGAAGAGAUCAACCGUAUUCUUUUGCAUAGAAGACGUUGGAAGGUAGAAGCUUUGGGGACAGAAGGUGAUGAAAAUCAUGUUGCCAAUCCUCCGUAGCCUCUUCAAGGAAAUUUGUGAUCAAUGCUUGCCCUUAUUUGUGAUUGAAACAAAUGAGGAAUGUUGUUUCUCUUUAUACUGUCUUAAAUUAUAUUGGAACCGAAGGAUAAUCCUGUGCACCAAGCUCUGAUUGGAUCCAGGGAAGGGCUGGACCAUCUUGGGUAUAUUGUGUACACAACCUUACCUUGCAUUUUGGUUAGAGGUUGUUUCCAUAGCUUAAACCGAUGACCUACUAGUUACACAGUGACAACUCUUAUCAUUGUGCCCUUCUUUAAAAUUAUCUUUGAAUGAACUACUAAAAUAUAUUUUGGCUUCACUCAUUGCCCAAUGUAGUCAACUUAGGUUUCUUCAACCAAGAUUUUGUACAUUUGUCCUAUCAUUUAUUUUUCUGCAACUGCUUCCAUGCUUUUGUUGACUCAUUGUCUCAGCUCC